AUGGCCUCUAAAGUAACCCCUUUAGUAGCAAGCUUGAAAAAUAUUGAAGGUCAUGGUAUUGAAGGGUGCAAUGGCAUUGUAAGCGUUGAGAGUAGCAAUGCUCCUGCUGACUUUGUUGUGGAACAAAGAAAUGUGGUAAUUCGGGACAAUGAAACUGAAACUGGUGGGAAUGAUUUUAAUUGGAGUGAUUGGGUUGAGGAAGUGAAUUUUGAAAGUGGUGAAAACAUAGUUGUUGAUUUCAAUGAACCUAGCAACGAAGAGGAACCGCAGUCUGCUCCGAUUCUGCAUCCUCAUGAGGACAGCAAUGUCGAACCGUCCACUGUGCAGUGUAGACAGGAUUCGCGCAGCAUUUAUACAGCAGCUGAUAUCAAGAAAGAUGUGAAACAAAAUUUCGGUGUGAGCAUAAGCUACUCUACAGCGUGGAGAAGCCGAGAGUUAGCUUUCAAAAGAAUUAGAGGGUCUGCAGAAGAGUCGUAUUCCCUUCUCCCUUCCUAUUGUUAUGAAUUGGAGCGUACAAAUCCAGGAACUUUGACAUACAUAGAGACUGAUGCAGCUGAUCACUUCUUAUAUUUUUUUAUGGCAAUUGGUGCAUGCAUACGAGGAUUUAAGUCGUCAAUGUGGCCUGUGAUUGCUGUUGAUGCUACUCAUUUGAAGUGCAAGUAUAAAGGUGUUUUGUUUGUUGCGACCGCAUUUGAUGGAAAUCGGAACAUAUAUCCUGUUGCCUUUGGGAUUGGAGAUUUGGAGACGGAUGCAGCUUGGGAGUGGUUUUUGAGAAAACUACAUUGUGCAAUUGGUGAUUGCUCGAAUCUCGUUGUCAUAUCAGAUCGCAAUGUUAGCAUACAGAAUGGGUUGCGUAGAGUUUUUCCUGGGGCAAGCCAUGGUAUUUGCUUUUAUCACUUGAAAGGCAAUAUCAAAGCCUCAUUUAAGUUGAAGCAGCGGGAUCCGAUAUUGGGGUAUUUUGUAAGGGCAGCUAAGUCUUAUCGUCUAGCGGAGUUCAAUCGUCACUUUUCCAGGAUAAACAAUGACCGAGUGCGAACUUAUUUACUACGUGCAGGCGUCCAGAAGUGGUCUCGGGCCCAUUGUGAUGGACGACGAUAUAAUGUGAUGACAACGAAUAUUGUGGAGUCCAUUAAUUCAGUUCUUUGGUUUGCAAGGAUGUUUCCGGUGCUACACUUGAUUGACGAAAUUACAAAUCUACUUGUCUGUUGGUUUAGGCAACGUCGAGAGUUAGCAAUGAAAUCUCAUUCUACGUUGUGCCCUGAUUUAGGGGAAAUUAAGUUAAGGAAGAGGUUAGACGCUGCGUCAAGGAUGAAUGUGGUCAAAAUCAAUGACGUCGAGUAUAAUGUUCUGGAUGGUGAUUUGAACGGUCUGGUGCACUUGCAAAACCGUAGUUGUACAUGCAGGAAGUUUGACUUGGAGCAACUCCCGUGCAAGCACGCUAUUGCGGUAUGUCGGCACUUGAAAUUGAACCCCUACUCCUUUGCCUCUUCUUAUUAUACACGAGCUACAUGGGCAGCUGCAUAUGCUGAAUCUAUUUAUCCUGUACCACCUGAAGGCACAUGGGUUAUUCCCCAAAAUUUGAAGAAGGUCAAAAUCCUCCCUCCUCUUUGUAAG